AUGCCGCAGCUAAAAGGGUAUAUUGGUGAAGCGAUCAUGGAGCAGCAAAACAUUGCGGACCAAUCUCUCCGCGACCAGUGGGACCAACUAAUCCUCAAGCCACUUUCGAAGCUUAGUAGCAAGGCCUUCCUUCCAACAAUCAUGGUAGUGAUGGAUGCGCUGGACGAGUGCAACAGCGAGAGAGACGUUCGAAUAAUCCUUAGGCUCUUGGCCUCGACUAAGUCGCUGAAGAACAUUCGCCUGCGGGUUUUUGUCACAAGCAGGCCUGAGAUCCCUGUCCGCUGCAGCUUCUUCCGGAUACCGGAAGCGGAACGACAAAUCUUUGUUUUACACGACAUUCUGCCGGAAGUUGUCGAUCAUGACCUCGGUAUCUUCUUUGAGGACAGCUUCAACAGGAUCAGAGAAGAACGCGGCUUUGCCAAAAGCUGGCCGGGAAUGCAAAUUAUCAAGCGCUUGGUCAAUAUUUCUGGUGGCCUCUUCAUCUGGGCUGCGACAGCGUGCCGUUUUAUCCGGGAGGGCAGAAAGCUUGCCACGAAACGCAUAUCCAAUCUGCUUGUUGGUCAGUACUCCAGCGCCGGCCCCGAAAAGAAACUGGAUGACAUCUAUACAACCGUUUUAAGAGGCUGUAUCCAGGCAGACUACGAUGAUGAGGAGAAAAAGGAGGUUUGUGGUACGUUGCGGGAGGUCCUAGGAAGCAUCGUCGUUCUAUUCUCGCCACUUUCAAUCGACUCGCUGUCACAUUUGCUCCCCAUGUCGUCGAGCGACAUCAAAGACACACUUGCAGACUGUCACGCGAUUCUCAACAUACCCACCCAGACAAACCGACCAAUUCGUCCGCAUCAUCCGACAUUCCGUGAUUUUCUUCUCAACAAGGAUCGGUGCUACGACGCAGCCUUUUGGGUGGACGACAAGGCGGCACACAAGUCAAUGGCGAACAACUGCAUACAGCUCAUGAUGAAGACACUCAGAAUAGAUAUAUGUGACGUGCGGUUACCAGGCACCCUUGCCAAGAAAAUUGACCCAAAUUGGAUCAAGGAACGCAUUCCUCCAGAGCUCGAAUACGCAGGUCGGUACUGGGUGCAUCAUUACCGCGAAAGUGGAAUGGAACCCUAUGAUGGCAGUCAAGCUCAUCGUUUUCUUGAAGACUUCUUCCUGCAAUGGAUUGAGUUGAUGAGCCUGACGGGUCACGUGUCUGAAGUCGCUAUGACAAUACGGAUGUACGAAGCUCUAAUUGUGGUGAGUAUGCUCUCAUUACGCUGCUUGAACAAGCUACAAAAGGGCGGCUAA